AAAACAGGAAGAACAAUUGCUCUGUGGCCUGCCUUGAACCACAUCAAGACCUUUCCAUUGCCAUACUCAUCUCUUUCUUCGUCGUCUUGUCUAUUAAUGUGUCAGAGCUCCGAGGAAAGACACUACAUAUGAUUGGGUUUUUAUGGCUGGGGGAACACAGAUUUCCUUUUUCUUUUUCUUCUAAAAGGCUUUCUUCUUGAGUGCUUGGAAGAGAAUAACAUAUUGGGAGUCUUGACAUCAGAUUUCUUAGGAAUAGGAAAGUCCCUACCCGACAUGAUCCUGCAAUCCUGGAAUGGCCUUGAAAGCCAAGUGACUCUAGCAUGCUAGACUUAUUCUCCCAUGCUUCAGCCUGAUGUUCUCUCUCUCUCUCUCUCUCUCUCUCUCUCUCUCUCUCUCUCUCUCUCUCAAUGAAAAAAGCAUGCCUUUCUUUUCCCCUCCCCUUCAGAACGGUUCCUUCCUUCUCUAACUUGCUCAUCCCCUGGCAGCCGGUGGUUGGUGGGAGCACAAGUGGUCAGAUGUCACAUCCUGCCCCAUGUUGCACCCUUGUUGCUUUGGUCAAGACUAACCAAAGUGGAGUGAAACUCAGAAGCUGAGAAACCGAGUCACUCUGAGAGGAUGGGAAAUUGUCUCCCGAGAGAACUGAGGCAGGAAAUUACUGCACUGGAGAAAGGAAAUCGAUGUCAAGAUAAGAAAAGUAAUGAAGUUUUAUCCACCUCUAAUCAGGAAAAUGAGGACGGCUGUGGUUCCGAAGAAGUGUGCUACACAGUCAUUCGUCCCCGCGCUCAACCCAAGCCCUCCUUGAGCUCCAAUGACAAUGGCUAUGAGAACAUUGACUCCAUCACAAAGAGGGUGAAAUCGUUUAAAGAAGAAACAGAAUAUGCCCUCCUCAGGACGUGCAUCACCAGGCGUUCGCCCUGCACCCCGGAGCAUGAUUAUGAACUUGUGCUUCCCCACUAGACACCUCAUGCCUCUUGGUCUUCCAGUAGCAAAGAUGGCACAGAGUGAUACCCGCUGGGGAAGUCUCUCUCAGCAGUUCACAAAGCAUUCAUUUCUGCCCUGAGUUUAGAAAUCAUGUCCUUUUAAUAUAGUGCCUUGGGAAGCUCUUAAACAUGGUAUCGCUGUGGUUUGUAUGAAGCCGUAUACAUUGGCAUAAUGAUCUAAAGUCUUCUACAUCUUUUUGUUUGUAAGGUUUGAAGAUAUGGAGGUGGUGGGGAAACCUUCCUAGGACAAUAAACAUCCACAAAUAUAUAACCUAAAACAUUCAGUUCCAGCCAUGCUCUCCAAAUUUCAAACGCCGAUAUUUUCAUUUCUAAUUAUGCAUUUUAGUUUUGAUGUAUAAACGACUCAAUAAACUUUUAAAAUAUAAGACUAGUGAUGAGACCCUUUAAUAACCUGA